AUGCGUCUCUUCGCUUGUCUCUCGCUCGCAUCUCUGGCAGUUGCGCUCAAGCCAGUGCCGCUGCUCGCGUACUCAACGCACGAACUUUCCUCUUUGGGUUCCUUGAACACAAACAAUCAACGGGAGGCUCUGAGUACACUGUUUGCGAGCACCGACGUGUGCGACUUUCAGGCGGUCAUCGUCGCUACUCAGCAGGAUCUGCAUGCUUCUCACAUACGCUCAACCCAUUCUGCACUUUUGGACAGAAUCAAGUCUUCCGCGAGCCACUGUCACCUACCGUAUCUGUCGCAUGCAGAGUCGCCGUUGGAACAUUCACAGGCGCUCGCUGCCCGAUGCAACUCGAAACUUGUGCAUAUUACCGUUGACGAAGACAGUGAGCUUGCACUGGAUCCGUCCGAGAAGCAUGUCGUCCAUCUGCGCUUUCCAUCGACUCAUGAGUACAAUGCUGACAUGGUUGCCCGCCAAUUGGCCAAGCUCGAGGCGACAUUCCCCUCGAGCUUGGUGCUCUUGACCGGUGUUUCUGGCCACGCAAAGAGACAGUUUGAAGACGAUUCUUUUGGGUCGAUACCGGCUCCGACACCGACACCCUCGAAGCCUUUGUCGCCCGCCGGGUACCGUGUGCUGACACCGACGCUCAUAUAUAGUUUUGGUAUUGUGUUUGGGUUUGUGAUUCCUCUUGUCUAUAUUGCCAUUACGGCGCUUGGGAGCAUCAAGUCGCCCGUGGGUGGCUCGAGCUUCAAGGCACCGUCUUCGGAGAAGAAGAAUCAGUAA